AACUCGGGUUUUGCUUAAAAAAUCUGUCUUCUCCCAGUUUGCAUGCAGUUCACAGGAGCAGGCCUGAACCACAGCAGAGCAGUGUGUCAGCAGAAGCAGUGGUCAAUAAUUAACCUGUGAUGGCAAGAGCACAGCAUUUAUGCGUCUUACAUUUUAAAAUGUUAAAGGUACAAGGCUACAUAAGCGCGUUACUCAUCAGUGUUGAUGGAGGAAAGGGGAGUAAAGAAAACAUUGUGAAAGAUUUGGAUACAAAACAUGACAUAGACGGGGGCCUAUACCUCACUGGCCACCACUGUGGGUGUGCUCGACCGAGGGAGAUAUACUUUACCUGGCUCCAAAACUGGCACUUUAAUUUGCUCGUCGUCCUCCAGCAAGCAUGUCGUCCACAGCUGUGGCCCCGCCGGCGUGCCUGCGGAGACCCUUGGUGGUCCCCCGUCGCUUCAUGUUUGGACCGGGACCCUCCAACGUGCCUCCUCGCAUCCUGGAGGCCGGAGCAAACCCAAUCCUUGGACACAUGCACCCAGAGAUUUUUGAGAUAAUGAGUGACAUCAAGAGUGGAAUCCAGUACCUUUUCCAGACUAAGAACAGCAUGACUUUGGCUCUGACUGGCACUGGCCACACUGCCAUGGAGUGUGCCAUCUUCAACGCCGUGGAGGCAGGGGAGAGCGUCCUGACUGCAGUCAAUGGCAUAUGGGGAGAGCGAGCAGCAGAUAUGGCUGAGAGGAUAGGUGCUCGAGUAAACACCAUUGUGGCGCCCCCUGGUGGUUGUUUCUCUCUUGAAGAGAUUGAGAAGGCCUUAUCAAAACACAGGCCAGUGCUGUUCUUCCUUACACAUGGAGAGUCAUCCACCGGAGUCUUGCAUCCAUUAGAUGGCAUCGGAGACCUGUGCCACAAGUAUAAUUGCUUGUUUCUUGUUGACUCUGUGGCUUCAAUGGGAGGAGCUCCUCUGUGCAUGGACAAGCAAGGGAUAGACAUCCUGUACACAGGCUCCCAGAAGGUUCUGAAUGCACCUCCUGGUACAGCACCCAUCUCCUUCAGUGACAGAGCCUGCCAGAAAAUAUUCAACCGGAAGACAAAGCCUGUGUCAUUUUUCCUGGAUUUGAGCUGGCUGGCAAACUACUGGGGCUGCGAUGGCAAGCCAUCAAGAGUAUAUCACCACACAGGACCAAUUUCUGCCUUUUAUUCCCUGAGGGAGAGCCUGUGUAUCCUUGCUGAGGAGGGUCUGGAAAACUCAUGGGAAAGACACAGAAAAGUGGCAGAAUACUUCCAUGACGGCCUAGAGAACAUGGGUCUGAAACUUUUUGUCACAGAAAAAAGUGCAAGGUUGCCUACAGUCACAACUAUUGUUGCUCCUCCUGGAUAUGACUGGAAAGAGAUAACAGCCUACAUCAUGAAAACAUACAAUUUAGAGAUAUCUGGCGGGCUGGGGCCAUCUGUUGGCUUGGUGUUGCGUGUGGGACUGAUGGGAUGCAACAGCAGCAAAGCCAAUGUGGACAUGGUGCUGACAGCGUUAAAAAAUGCUCUGAAGCACUGCCACAAGAGCAGAGUGUAACAUUAUUGCCGUCACAUAUUGCUGUGUCGAAUAUCCUGAAUAAACAGCUGUUGUAAUGAAGAGACAAUGUAAUGUAAUAAAUCAAGCGGA